UGUUACAACACACUGAUGUAUAAAUAGGUAAAAUACUUCACGUCCUGUUUUUAUGGACAGAGUUCGACGCAAACGAUCUGGAGGCGGUGCUGGGCCGGAGAAAGCACUCGGACUUUUUGGCCGUCGUCUUGGAGCAGCGUCGGCUUUUCUCAUCCGUUUAGGAGCACCUAGCAAAUCAGGUUACAAGCGCUUGGCAGGCUGCUGGUGAAGGAAGGGCGUGCCAGUGGAGCGGCGCGGUUGGUUGGAUGGAGAGCCCUCCCCGCCGCUGAACAGCUCUGCAACGCACCGCCCAGCCAUGCGUUCUUUCAUGGGACUGGCUCCUCCUCCCUCUCGGUCCCUGUCUCUGUUACCUCGCCCCAAUCAGCCCUUCACUGCUACUCCCUGGCCUGCACGUCACUGGCCAGCGUUCACCCCGCCGCGCGCCAUUGGUUAAGCUCCUAUAGCAGGACAUCCCUCUCUCACUGUGGACUCACGGAGCCCCAGCAGCAGCAGUGGCAGGAGCAGCAGAACCCCAUGAAUGACCUUAGCGGGUGCAGGGAAGGGGGUCCCUCCUCCCCCUCCCUCCCGCCUGGCGUGCCGUUACCUUCACCAACUUGCCCGCCGUCGCCAGCACCGCCCAGCCUGACAUCGACCUCGCCUGCAGCGCCCAGCCCUCUCCCUCCCUCGCCCUCACCGCCCAGCCCUCGCCUACACCGCCAUCUCCUGCACUUCAACCGCCUGGCGUUCCGCCUCCAUCCCUCACCUUCUCUUCCCAGCCUUGCACCACCACCACCUCCUGCGCCGCUUCCUGCAUGGCGUGCUGCCACCUUCGCUGGAGCCGCCCCGCCUUGCACCACCACCACCUCCUGCGCCGCUUCCUGCAUGGCGUGCUGCCACCUUCGCUGGAGCCGCCCAGCCGCUCAUCCGCCGUAGCUUAUAUAGCAGCAGAUUCGUCUCUACACAGGACAGUGCUGAGCCUUUGCUGUUCCGCUGCUGCAACCGCCCAGCCCCCACCGGCGCUGCCCAGCCCGCCUCCCCCCUAACCAGCAUCAGCCAGGCUGCUGCCACCCUCACCGCCCCCAAGCCCUGGCACCUCCGCCCCUCUGGGCACCCUCUG